AUGAGCAAACGAUUGAAGUACGCCAAGCUGAGGCUUGCCAAACCGCUCAAUGCAGGCGAUCCACCACCGAUCGUAACGCCUGUUAAGGCAGAUGUUUGUACGGAUGGGUCAGCGGUUGAUAAAACAUCCAAUUUUUCUAAUAAAGGGGCAAAAGAGUCAUGUACCAGUGAAGAAACAUUUGUACUAAUACCCCCUGAGAUUUCGGGAGAGAAUAAUGAAAUUACCAAGGAGCAAAAUUCACGACGGAGAACACAAAAACCGCCUAAUGCAUCUUCAAACGAUGGUCCUAAGUUCCCCAAGCUUAGAAAAAAAACCUGUGAGGGCAACAGAUUGAUUAGUAAUUUUUUGCAUUCGCAAACAAAUCAAACAAUGGAAGAAGACGAUGAUUUCGAAGAAUGCAAAUCCGGCCCAAGCUGGCAAUCGAAACAAACGAAAGUAAAUGUUGCCACUCGGAAGAAAAUGACCAAGGUUCCAAAACGGAUAAAGAAUCAAAGUGAUAUUCGAAAAGUAUUUAAAAAAUUCAAAAGCGACCAUGAAGUACUGCAUGAGCUUCUUAAAGAACAUAGCGCUUCUGAGCAAAUCGAUCCAGAGCAGUUACAAAUUGCCCUAGCUAUGUCGCGAUCGCUGGUCGAUGAGCAAUGUGACCAGAAACCAACAACAAGUAGGGGUUCUCCUAGUAAAGAUUGUUCAGCGGCAGGUGGUUCUGUUUCAUCAGAAGAGCGUCGCAUCGUUAGCAUUCGUACGACUUUGGAGCAGUUUGGAUUUCGUUGUAAAAACAGCUACACUGACUACGAUUUGAACGUUAUCUUUGGUAGUGCAUCAACCAAGAAUGUGAAAAAAAUUAAGCAUAAACGAGCCACGAAUCUGCAGUCUAGAAGUAAGGAGGAGUUGGAUGAUUUUAUAGACAGUCAAGUAAAGAAAUCAAUCCAUUUGAAGACGAUGGAAAGGAAGUCUUAUGUAGGAACAUUGCAGGAAUUGAGAAGUAUCCAAUCUCACCUAAGCAAUCAUUUUUGGAUUGCACAAACUGAACUAUCGAGCGAUCUAUUGAUGGAAAAGUAUUACGUUCCAGAGCUUUUAACAGCUCAACCAGCUCCUGUGGGGUGCAUGUUGAAAGAUUGGAACAAAAUUCCGGGUCGCGAGAAAACACCCGAACGAAAUAACGAUCCAGCGACGGGGAAAAUAUCUUUCCCGAAUGAAAUUCGAGUGAAUUCUCCUGAUAUGUUCAACGAUUCUGAGGUAAUUAACAAUUCAACAGCAUGCGACACAAUCAAGGAACCUUUACUACAUAAAGUUAAUGCUGAACAGAAUGGACAGGAUUGUGGAUUGGAAAAUGAACAAAAAUUGUACUCACAGGAAGUGCUAGUAAGCAGUUCUUCAAAUGAAUCCAGUCAUAUAAAAAUAAAUGUUGCUUCUCCUGUUUCUUCGAUUGCUAUCGAUACGAACAACAUUGAGCCAAUCGUAGAACAGUACGAAACAAAUUCUUGUCACAAGGAUCAAAUCCCUGUGAAGGAUGAACGUUGUGAAAUGCAAGAAGAGAUAGUUGUGCUCAACGACAAUUUUGAAGAGAACAAAGGUAACUUUAAUACUGCGUCGGAUAUCUCUCAGUGCCCGCAACUCGCCUUUCAUCACAGCUCGGAAAACAUAUUCGAUGAUACGGAUCCGAAUCCUAUGGUCAGCUUCGAAGUUUAUUCAAGUGAAGAAGAGAAGAUUGCUGCUGCUUCGCAAGUGCGCAUGGGAAUGAUUUCAUCAAACGGUGACAUUGGAUCUGCAGAAAUGGCACUGGACGAUAGCAGAAUCACUAAUAUUGCAAAAAAUACUUCAAACGUCAUGGAAGCACGGUUUUCUUUCGAAAGGAAUCUUUCAUUCCAUCGACUCGCGAUUAAAGCACGCCUUAGUGAGGCUUUGGAAGGAAAAGAACGGGAGAUAGCAACUGUUGAUUUAAUAGAAAAUGCUCAUGAUUUCGGCAAAACAAUAUCGAAUCUCGCAGAACCGACCGUAAAUAUGCCGCAUGAAAAACAAUGUGCCCAUCCUAAUACUACAGGGGAUGAUGUAAUAUACAUUUCUGACGAUGAGGUGAAUUAUUCUAUUUGUUCUGAAUUAUUGCGAGUACCUACUGCAAGUGCCAUAGAACCAGUUGAAAAAAAAAUUGGAACUACAUCAAAGGAGGAUCAUGGCAUGGCAAUUCCAUACCACGCGGCUAAAUCCACUAAGCAAAUGAGUCGGCCUUCUGCGAAAGAAGAACUUGAAAGUUUAAUCAGUUAUUCGCAUGAUAACGACAAUGAAGCAAUUGUCGCUGAAAUCAACUGUGCGGAAAAUACGUUUGCUUACCUGGACCAUUUAGUGAAGGAGUUCAACUUACCUCCGUUAAAACCAUCGCAAAACAUGCGUAAUGGUAAUACAGAUCAGUACGUAUCUAGUGAGACGGACGAGAAGGAGCUUAAAAAUAGAACAACGGAAUCGGAAAAUCAUAAUAGCCCUCAUAAGGUGAAUGAUGAAAUAGCAGCCGGAAUAAUUGCGCCUCAAACUUCCCUGACCGAUAAUUUUUUAAGUACUGGAAUCAGGACGUCGUCAUCAAAAGUUCUGAGUGAAAUGAAAUCCUGCACACAAUUUGAAUUCCCUAGAGAUUGCUUAGCUUUGAAGAGCACUGCGUCAGACAUAGGAUUCCCCUCGUCCUCGACAUCGAAUGAAAGAGAAGCUCAAAAUAAAUCGAUAGGCAGUAGUUUUGAAAAUAAAUUUGGCGAGUUGAAAACGGUUGCUGUAAAUAUAUUUGCAACAGAAUAUGUAAUACGUACGUCGAAUGUUAAUCAGAAGCCUCCGACGUAUGAAGAUAUGUCAACGCCAGAAAUUGAACGUGAAUUGUUUAAGUACGGGUUAAAGGCAUUACAGCGGAGUAAAGCAAUUCGGGUGCUGCAUUAUUUGUUUGAUGAGAUGCAUCCAUAUGUGAUGUUAGUAGAACGGCAUAACAUACAAGCGAAAGAAGAAAGUAGCCAUUGCAAGGUGAAAUAUGCUAAGAAAAAAUAUUCGCAGAUUCCAGCACCUUACAGUUCGGCUGUGUUAACAACGCCUCGAAAAUGCGCAUUCAAAUUGGAUCUUAACAGUACAACUUUUUUCCUUCCAUCGAAACCAAGGAAGAAGAUGGCGUGGUGCGCUGUUCCGCUUCAUAUUUCUUUCUUCAAUUUAGUGUCGGAAAGUGAAGUCUUACAGCGACAAAUUCUGCGCUUCAAACCGAUUAAUUUAGAUGAGGUUAACGGGCUUCUUAAGGAUGCUGGAUUACGCUACGCAACAAAUGAUCUGAUUGCGUUUUUCGAUAAGCACUGCAUCGCUUUUCGGAUUGCAGUUUCUAAUGGAAAUCGAAUGGCACAAGUGAAUAAUGCGUCCGAUGCAUAG